AUGCCGCAUCUAAACAGCUGGUUCUAUCGUAUCGCCGAGUAUGUAUACUCACUGCCUGAGCCGCCGCCUCGUGUGCGAACAAAGCCAAUGGAGGUCAUAUGCAUCGGCAUGCCACGCACGGGCACUGAGUCGCUUCAACACGCUCUACUGACACUGGGUUACGAUCACACCUACCACGGUUGGGAUAUCAAUUUUGAGUCUCCCAACUAUGCUCAGCAAUGGGUUCGCCUUUGCCAAAAAAAAUGGUACGCUCCCGAGGGCGGCGACGUCCAGCUCACGGCGGAGGACUUUGACAAAGUCAUGGGACACGCCGUCGCUGUUGCAGACGCUCCCGCUUCAGUCUUCGCUGCCGAGCUUAUCCAAGCGUACCCCGAGGCCAAGAUAAUCCUCAACUACCGGAAGGACAUCGAUGCCUGGCACAAGAGUCUGAUGGGUACUCUGGCGCGAGGGCCCACGCUCUGGACUUUCUGGAUCCUUGCCUGCCUCGACAAGGAGUGCUUCUGGAAUUGGCAGUGCUAUCUCGGGUACAUGUGGCCAGGGCUCUUCCGCGCGAUUGAUGGAAGGGUUGAGACGGGGAUGCUGCGCAACGCAAAAUGGGUCUACCGCGCUCACUAUGCAAUGGUUCGAGGCAUGGUACCCAAGGACAGACUCCUGGAAUGGUCUGUCGACGAUGGCUGGGAGCCCUUGUGCGAAUUUCUCGGCAAGCCUGUCCCAGAGGAGCCGUUUCCACAUACCAAUACUGCAGCAGGUUUUGCUGGGCAGGAGAAGAAGCUGGCAAUGAGAUAUGUGAUGGGGGCGGCGAAAAACCUUGCAAUAAUCCUUGGUACAAUCUCGGUCGGCGCUGGUGCUGUAUAUGCUUGGUAUCGCUAG